UUCAGUAACCUUACAGGGUGGCUCUCCGGGCUCUGCUGACAGGUGACUCUCGGGCUGCGAGGACGCGCGCCACGGGAUCUGGAGAAACACCGGAGGUUUCCCUCAUCGCUCUGCCUGGCAUUACAUUCUAGUCACGUUCAGCAGAAAGGGCAGGAAUUAGAUGACCAAACCGGUCCCUCAGAAGAGCCCCGUUCCUCUCAGUUUGCCUCCACGCCUCCCACUCGGCUAUAUUGUCUUCUUGUCUGUUCCACUGCGCUAAUCUGUUCAAACUUGAGGACAGCAUGACAGGAGGACCGAAGGACGACAGAGAAGAGGAGUUUCUGCAUUCGCCGUUCAUCCGAAAACAAGGGAACAUAUACAAACCUAACAACAAAGACAUGGACAACGACAGUCUGAACGAGAAGACGAUGGAGGAUAUCCACACCAAAGAGAUCGACCUGGUUAACCGGGACCCAAAGCGCAUAAACGACGAUGUUGUCAAGGUAGACUUUGAGGACGUGAUUGCCGAGCCUGCAGGGACCUACAGCUUCGAUGGCGUGUGGAAAGCCAGCUUCACCACCUUCACUGUCACCAAGUACUGGUGCUACCGGCUGCUGACGGCACUGGUUGGCAUCCCUCUGGCGCUGAUCUGGGGAAUCUUCUUCGCCAUCCUGUCCUUCCUGCACAUCUGGGCCGUGGUGCCGUGCGUCAAGAGCUACCUGAUCGAGAUCCACUGCGUCAGUCGCGUGUACUCCAUCUGCGUGCACACCUUCUGCGACCCGUUGUUCGAGGCCAUGGGCAAGUGCCUCAGCAGCAUCCGCAUCAGCACAACCAAGGAGGUGUAGCAUCCACAAGGAGAGGAGGAGGAUUAACGGAAAGAGGGGAGGGAAGAUGGGAGGGCUACAGCAACACGAUGGAGGGGGAAGUCAGAACAGGGAAGAAGAAGAAGAAAUAAUGAACCUCUGGAAAACGAGAGGUGAGACUUUUCCAGAGCUGGUUGUUUGGAUGUGAAGGGGCGUGGUCACAUGGCACCUGACCCCGCCUUUUUCCACCGCUGUUUUUCUCUCCAGUGUUACCAAAUGGGUGGGCGCAGGAAAUCAAAAGGGGUCGUUCUCCAGGGGGGGUUUGUAAUUGUUUUGUUUGUGUUUUUCUUUUUUUAUUCCUCACUGUCUUUCCUCACUAACGUUGUCCGGCCGGCGGCCGAGCUCCAGACCUGUUUCCUGUUUAGUUUUGCCACACGAUGUAAAUUCCUUCCAUUCUUACUGUUUGUGUGGAGAGCCUGUCGCUCUGAUGGAUUCAUGUGAAGAGGGGAUGUCAGGGUGUAUCACUGUCUUCUCUCGCGCUUAUUAGUGUUUGUUUUUGUGGAGCCGUUGGGCCAGGCGGCGGCGGCGAGGGGGGGUUGGAUGUCGGGGGUUAGUAAGGUCAACGCAGAGACAAAGAGUGAGCGCUGCCAAAUUCUAUCUGACUCAGCAAAAACAAAACAACCUCCGAACAGCACAGCAACAACCCCUCCCUCUGCCCCCACAUGACCUCCAAACCAUCAUAACCAACCCCCCCCCCCCCAGCACCACCACCACCACCCUUCGCCCGGCUUUCCAGCAGUCUGACACACUGAACCUGCCCUCGUUCCUGCAUGCAUCUGCGUCGCCUUGCCAGCAAAUCGCCGUCCGCCACCGCCACGCCCGCCACGCCCGCCUUUACGAUGCAGACAUGAUCUGCGGCUCACUCGCUCUGUGCAUCAGCUUCAAACUCAAUGUUUCCGGUGCAGAUUUCAUCACCAUUAUCUUCAUGAAGACGUGAGAGUGUGACGCAGAACGUUAGCGUUUGGCGAGUUUAGACUUUUCAUUUCUUUCCAGUGAAGCUACUUUUAAAUGCACAUCACCAGAGUUCCAGAGUGAAUGCUUUCUGUUUCCUACAUUAUGAAUAUGAAGAACUUCUGAGGGUUUAACUUCAACACCGUUGUUUUACCAUCCUGUAUGUACUGUAUGGUUGUCUACAAGCUCUGGCCUCAUUCCAGUGCACUAAUCCACGGGACAGUAUCGUUAGUGAACAGCACUAAUGAAGAUCUCCCGUCUGUAUUUGCAAAGGUAGUGCACACUCUGCACUUUGGAUGUGCAGUUACAAGCUUGUGUGUGGAAGUUUCUUGCACACUGUGGUACUUGCACAGGUUAAUGCAUUGGAAUUAAGAUAAUGUGAGAUGGAAUAUGUGAUUUUGGAUGCAUUUUUAUUUGUUAUCUGGUCAUAAUCUUUGCACCAUCCCCCUUUUUUGUGUCUUCUUAAUUAUUAUUUUUAUAAUUUCCCCUAACUAGAGUGCUCUGCCUCCCUGCUUUUAGACUGUGGAUGCUCUACCACGGUUGGGUGGGGUGAAGGGGGUGGGGUUAUGUUUUAUUGAGACACUAAGCUCGCUCCGACUCCGUCCCCUUCAGUCUACCUGCUGUCUUCUCACAGGGAUGGUAACAUCACAGCACCUGUUCCUUCAAUUGAGAGUUUUUAAGCUCCAAAAGGUGAUAUUUUUAUAAGAAAAUAUGUUUUUUUCCUUCCUUGCUUUUACUGUACAAUAUCACGCUGUGCACAUUAAAAUUUAAUAUAAUCCAGUG